AACUUAUGAAAUUCAAACAAAAUGAGAAUUAGGUGCUCACUCUCAGUGAAGGGUUGGAGUUUAGUUUAACUAAUCUCUUAAACAUGUCACAUCCAAAACUACAUCCUCAAUCACCAGAAGAGUGUUGCAAUUUUUAGUUUGACCUCAGUCAAGAAUAAAAAUUAAAUGGAAUUCCCUAAUAUUUUGGAGGCGGUGAAGGUGAAAUCUCUUAACAAAGAGCUAGGGAUACUUAAGUCCAAAGAAGCAGUGGAUAAGCUUCUUGAAACGACCAAACAAAAGGGCCGUGAAGGACUUGGGUUUGACCCCUCUAGUUCCAAAAGGAAAGGGAGAACAACCUUCAUCCCUCCUAAACCUACUACCACACCAAAUAAGCAGAAAGGAAAGGAAAAGGAGAAACCAACAGAAGUUCCCAAAAAGGAAGCCGCUAAGUACCCAGGUGUCUGGUACUUAGACAGUGGCUGUUCAAGACACAUGAUGGGUGAUGCGAGCCUUUUGAGCAAUCUAAUUCCCUAUGAUGGUCCAAGAAUUACUUUUGGAGGAAGCAAUGAUUUCGGCCUUACUAAAGGGCUAGGAAAUCUGGUGUACAAGGGACUAACCAUCCAAGCUGUAUCUUAUGUUGAAGGUCUCAACUAUAACCUUCUUAGCAUAAGUCAGUUUUGUGAUAAAGGUUACUCCUUGGAAUUCUGCAAGGACAUGACAUCUCUCAAGAACAUCUCCACAAAUGAAGUCAUUCUCACUGGGAAGAGAAUCAGAAACAUCUAUGAAGUAAUGUGGGACAAUGUCAAGGAAGCAUGUCUAAUCAGCAAAAGUGACACUAACCUUCUAUGGCUUUGGCAUAAGAGGUUGAGUCAUCUCAACUUCAAAACCCUCAACAAGCUGUCCAAAGAAGGGUUAGUAGAAGGUCUUCCCAAAGCUGCAUUCAGGAAGGAAAGCAUUUGUGACGCUUGCCAAAAAGGAAAGCAAGUCAAGUCCACUUUCAAGGCAAAAUCGGCACCCUCAACUACAAGGAUAUUAAGUCUUAUUCACAUGGACUUAUUUGGCCCUGUCACACCAAUAAGUCUAAGUGGAAAGAAAUAUGUCCUGGUGGUAGUUGAUGAUUACUCAAGAUACACGUGGACAAUCUUCCUCAACAGCAAGAAGGAGACUCAAGGGAAACUCACCAACUGCAUGAAGCUGAUUCAAAACCAAGCAAACAAGGAUGAAGAAGUCAAUGAAGGAGAUAGAAUGAAGCCCACGGAGUUCAUUCCAUUCAGAAGUCUGCCUCUGAAGACUUCACAAAGAAAUCCGGAUUCAGACAGUGCUGAGCCUUCCGGAAAUUUUGGCCAACCUUCCAAUAUUCCGGAUCUCUCAAACGGCGACAAUUCCGGAAAUGGCGACCCAGUGCCAAUCCAUCCGGAAACACCAAUAACCUCUGUUCUUCAACCAGAAGCUGAACUAGAUCAACCAGUCAAUCCCAAUCAACACAAUCUUCGUUGGUUAAGGGAUCAUCCUCCCCAACAGAUCAUUGGAGAUAUUCAAUCUGGUGUUCGCACAAGGAGUGCCCAACAGAAUCUAGAAGCCAUGCUUGCCUGUUUCAUCUCACAAAAUGCAGCUGAAGAAAGAGACUCCCUCUCUAGGGAUAUAUCAAAUUUUGCGCUUGAUGAAGCAGAAGGAGAGUCUGAAAGAACACUGAAGGUUACUGAUGAAGAAGAUGUACAAGAAGAUGCUGAAUCUCUUCCUAUGCAACUCUUCCAAAGAACACCAUCCUCUCAUCAGGUAACCAAUUUUCAUUUCCAUAGCUCUUCCACCCCUACCCUUCCGGAUAUUGUACCGGAAAUCUGGACAAAGAAGGUCCAAGGGCUGAUUGAAUCAGCCCUAGCAUCUCAACAUGCCUCCUUUAGGCAAGAGAUAGAGCAAAUGGAGGCCAAGUACACCAAGCUUAUAGAGAAAUCUGAAGAGAAGCACAACACAGACCUCAAGGAAAUAAGCAUAUCAGUAGACAAGACUCUGGAGAUAAUCUCUCUAUUGAGUAAUACUGUGAGCAACACGAUGGAAAUAUAUGCCUCUGACAGUCAACUUCAACUCAAAGAGAUCAACAAAGUCAAAGAGCAAAUAGCGAGUGUCACAGUUAGUCUACAAAAACAGAUGUCCCUUCUCCAAAUGGACAUCAGAUUAGCCCUAGCAGUAGCUUCUGCAAAUCAGGUAGUGACCAAAGACUACUUGAAGGUGAUCAUUGACAAUAAAAAGGAAGCAUACAAGCUGUUCAGACUUAUUGGCGCAAAUUCUGGGAACCGCAAGAUGGAAGUAAUUCUCCAACAACACAGCCCAUCUCCAAUACCACAGCUCCCUAUUGCAGUCAAAGAAGGAGAAGUAUCUUAUAUUCCUUCUCAUCUGAACAUGACAAAUCUAAUCCUUGAAGCACAGCAAAGAAAUCCGGAAAACUCAGCACAGCAUCUAUCCAGCUCAGGACUGGAUGGAAUAGAAUUUAUAGGUACAGUUGUUGACCACUUCUCAAAUGAUGCUCAAUCAGAAGAGAGAUGUGAAAAUUUAAGGCGCAUCAAAGAACUGUGUGGGAACAUGCAGGGCCUCAGUGAGGUUGCUGGAUCUUCAAAACGCAAGAGGAAUUGAAGGUUCUUUUCAACAAAUCAGGGGGAAAGUAUGUGAAAACACUAAUUUGUUUUGAUGAAAACACCUUCUUGUUUAAACAUUGCUUGAUUGGUUUAAACAUUGCAACAUUGGUUCAACAAAUUGUGCUUAUUAUG